GACGCAUUGCAGCGUCCACAUCCUCGCCGUCGAUCCCUCCGCUCUACGUACUGCCAUGGCGAGCCUCCGACCCCUCGCCAGACUGGCGCCGCGCGCCCAAUUCAUCCGUGCAGCGCCCAUCGCUCGCGUCACCGGACAGCUGCAAUCGACCCGCUCCGCAUCCACGACAGAGACCGGACCGAAAGAGCAGGCGUCGGAGGAGCUGAUCAUGCAGCCGGGCGAAGAUGUGAACAUGAACGGCAACUACCCCGACCCAUCCACUACAUCAGCCUUGCCAUUGAAGAGGCAAUUCCGCGAUCCAUACGCCGACUGGUGGGACCCUCAAGAACGUCGCAACUACGGCGAGCCGAUUCACGAAGACAACGACAUCCUCGGGAUCUUCACGACCGAAUCAUACACGCACUUCAAGCCCGGUUGGGGCGGUGUUCUGCUCGGCAGCUUCAUCGGCGCCGUCGGAGCGCUGUGCGUUGUGGUUGGCAUUUACUACCCAGACAAGCCGUCUGUGACGAGGACUUUUGAGGGUGGACUGGAGGCGGAGUUGGGAGGACCGAAGGCCGUGAGGGCGAGGAAGUCGGAUGAUGAUUGGGCGCCUUUGGACCGAUCGUGAAGCGGCGGAGGGCUGUAAAUAUGAGAUGGUUCUCUAUGUAUCGAGCGAAAGACGUUUCCAGA